CAGGGGUGCUUUUUCACCAGAGCUUCAGCUGCCUUGGUGAACUCACCAUCAUUUGGAUAUGCCUUGAAGCCAUAGAUUGUUUCGACCAUCCUCUCAAAUUAGAUGGAGGGGGCGGGGCUUGUGAGGAUCACUCGGUGUGCGCAUGCGCGAGAGACUGAGAGCUGGACGGUGAGAAAAUUUAUGUUCAGUGAAGCUCCUCCCACAACAAUUACAUCUUCAGUGAAGCUCCUCCCACAACAAUCACACAUUCAGCUAUUCAGCAAUAAAUGCUGGAAUAUUCCCAUCAGUUCACAAGUGAAGACAGCAUCAGAGCAUCAGGAAGAGCUGAAAUCUGCAGAGACUGAGUUUAUUAAAGAGGACAGAGAGAAGAUGAGAGAUCCAGAACCCUGCAGAAUCAAACACACUGAAGAUACUGAACAACAAACAGAAUUGAUUGAAGACGAUGAGGAGAAAGAAGAAUUGAGUGAAUCUGAGGAGAAAAAUCAUGUCAAAAAUGUAGAAAAACCCAAACAGAAAGAUGUAAAGAAAAGAAGAGCCAUGAAAUCUUUCACCUGCACUCAGUGUGGAAAGAGUUUCACACACAAACCUCAUCGUGAGCGUCACAUGAGAGUUCACACUGGAGAGACACCAUUCACUUGUGAUCAGUGCGGGAAGAGUUUCUCACAAUCAUCAACCCUCAAGAGACACAUGAACAUCCACACUAGAGAGAAACUGUACACAUGUGAUCAAUGCGGCAAAACAUUUUUGAGAGCUUCACACCUGAAGAUACACCUGAGAGUUCAUACAAAGGAGAAGCCACAUUCAUGUCAUUUGUGUGGAAAGAGUUUUUUGCAUCCAGAAUAUUUAAAAGUGCAUCAGAAAAUACACACUGCUGUGAGAGAUUACAUGUGCUUUGAGUGUGAGAAGACUUUUACUUCAGCGAGCUGUUUAAAACUGCAUGAGAGGAUUCACACUGGAGAGAAACCUUACAAGUGUUCACACUGUGACAAGAGAUUCAGACAGUCAUCAAAUCUGAAAACACAUGAGGUGAUCCACACUGGAGAGAAACCGUUCACUUGUGAUCAGUGCGGGAAGAGUUUCAGACUAAAAGGAAGCCUUACGACACACAUGAGAGUUCAUACUGGAGAGAGACCGUUCACUUGUGAUCAGUGCGGGAAGAGUUUCUCACGAUCAGCACAUCUUAAAGAACACAUGAACAUCCACACUGGAGAGAAACUGCACACAUGUGAUCAAUGUGGAAAGAGUUUCACACUAAAAAAAAACAUUAAGAGACACAUGAACAUCCACACAAGAGAGAAACUAUAUGCAUGUGAUCAAUGUGAUAAAACAUUUUUGUGGGCUUCAGACCUGAAGACACACCUGAGAGUUCAUACAAAGCAGAAGCCACAUUCAUGUCAUUUGUGUGGAAAGAGUUUUUCAUGUCUACAAAGUUUGAAAGAACAUCAGAAAAUACAUGCUGCUGUGAGAGAGUACAUGUGCUUUGAGUGCGAGAAGACUUUUACUUCAGCGAGCCAUUUAAAACAGCAUGAGAUGAUCCACACUGGAGAGAAACCGUAUAAGUGUUCACACUGUGACAAGAGAUUCAGUCAGUCAGCAAAUCUGAAAACACAUGAGAGGAUCCACACUAGAGAGAAACCGUAUCACUGCACUGCAUGUGGGAAGCGUUUCAAUAAUUCAUCUGCUCUACACAGUCAUACAAAAAACUAUCACAGUAAGAAUUAUUUGUAUUGCUAUACUAACACCUGUCCUGAGUCUACUUCCAUGACAGAAGACCGGACCCCUAUACCGAACACGCAGAGCAUGGACCUCUUAGCUAAGCAUCCAGAGAACGCACUCCUCACUGUCAUGCAAGAUGGCCGCUCCAUUGAGGACUAUGUUGAGGAGUUCCUCCAGCUCGUCCACAAAGUGCCGUGGAAUGAUGGAACAUUGAAGGUAGUCUUCUGGAGUGGCCUCAAUGACUAUCUCCACGCACCAGCUGCUACAACCCCUGGCUCUCUGACACAAUACAUUGACCAUGCAUCAGAGCAUCAGGAAGAGCUGAAAUCUGCAGAGACUGAGUUUAUUAAAGAGGACAGAGAGAAGAUGAGAGAUCCAGAACCCUGCAGAAUCAAACACACUGAAGAUACUGAACAACAAACAGAGUUGAUUGAAGAAAAUGAGGAGAAUGAAGAAUUGAGUGAAGUUGAGGGAAAAAAUCAUAUCAGAACUGAAAAAAAACCUUUGAGUUGCUCUCAAACUCAGAAAGAUUUAAAGAAAAGAAGAGCCAAUAAAUCUUUCACCUGCACUCAGUGUGGAACGAGAUUGACAUGCAAACGGAGUCUUGAGCUUCACAUGAGAGUUCAUACUGGAGAGAAACCACACACAUGUGAUCAGUGCGGGAAGAGUUUCACACGAUCAUCAACCCUUAAGGAUCAUAUGAGCAUCCACACUAGAGAGAAACCAUACACAUGUGAUCAAUGUGACAAAACAUUUUUGAGAGCUUCAAAACUGAAGCAGCACCUGAGAGUUCAUACAGAGGAGAAGCCAUAUUCAUGUCAUUUGUGUGGAAAGAGUUUUUCAUGUUUACAAUAUGUAAAAGUACAUCGGAAAAUACAUGCUGAUGUGAGAGAGUACAUGUGCUUUGAGUGUGAGAAGACUUUUACUACAGCGAGCCGUUUAAAACAGCAUGAGAGGAUUCACACUGGAGAGAAACCUUACAAGUGUUCACACUGUGACAAGAGAUUCAUUCAGUCAGGACACUUGAAAAAACAUGAGAUGAUUCAUACUGGAGAAAAACCUUACAAGUGUUCACACUGUGACAAGAGAUUCAAUCAGUCAGUAAAUCUGAAAACACACGAGAGGAUUCACACUGGAGAGAAACCGUAUCACUGCACUGCAUGUGGGAAGCGGUUCACUGAUUCAUCUGCUCUACACAAACAUACAAAAAACUAUCACAGUAAGUAGAUCAUCUUCAGAUCCAGCACUUUCAGGUCUGAUGCUGUGUCCUCUCCAAUGUGACGCAAUAAUGAAUCAAGCAAUAAAAUAUCAUCUGGAUAAAUCUGUCAUAACAAGCUACAUGACAAAGAAACAUUAUCUAAAGUUUUCACAGUGAAUAAAGUUCAUCUUCAAAACCAGCAGAUUCAACUGAGAUUCAGAUCAACUCAAAGAUGGAGUUCCUCCCCAAAGAACAAUGUCCAAAAGGUUUUAUUCCUGUAUAUCAUGUUGCUUCAUGAUAUAAACAACAUUAUUGUGCUUUUUUUAUGAAUUUCAUAUUAUGUUCAGUUGUCUUAUAAUGCAUACGUGUCACUUGUAGUUUGUUACUCUUUCGUGAAGGAAAGCAGAAGUUUUUACAAACUGUUCUUGUUCAGGAAGCUGAAGAAGAGACUGUGACACUUUUAAGAGAGACUUAGAUUUAUGUGUUAUUUUGUUCUUCAUUGUGUAAGGCCUCUGCAGAACAGACCCACCAAAAAGAUGCAGAAUAAACACAUUCCCAAAGCAGGAUCUAAAGAUUCCCCCACACAGCCAUCACGAGGUGGUAAAACUGAAUAAAUCCAGAGUAGAAGCCGGAAACAGGAAAAGGCAAAUUUACGUGACACUCUCCAGGCCUGCAAACACCCAAAAUCCAUUCAGCGUGACCCCCGAGGGAAGGGGUCUGCAACCUUCUACAUCAAAAGAGCCAUUUGUUAUUAUUAACAGAAACCCAGACUAAUCUGUAUUUAGAUUCAUCUGGACUGCUGUAGUUAUUAAGCUGUAGUUGUUGAUGAAGAUGAGUGUCAUUAGUGUUUGUUUCAUUGUUGAUGUUUCAUUCAUGUCUUGUGAGAAAUCUUUCAGUAGAGCAUGUUUUAUAGGCUUUCAUCUUAUAUCCUGACUCUUAUAAUCAGUUUCUAUCAGCAAACACUCAGAAUCAAGUGAGAUGAUCUGCUGAUGAUCCUGAAUGUCUUGUUGAAUGAGUGUUGAUCUUCUGAGACUCAUCAAUAUUAACAGCUGCUGAAAACACUCUUUAUUUCAUGUCAAUAGUUCCUGUUUUCACCUCCUUUAUUAUGCUGAUGUCUUCAGAUCUCCUGAAAAUGCUAAUUUAAAGCUUGUUUCAUUGUCAACAGACUGAGGGUUAUUCUUUUUUUGUUUUUUUUAAAUGUGCAUUUUUUUCUGACUUUAUACUUUCAAAUGUUUUUCUGUUUCUAUAUAUCUGCUGCUAUUUUAAUGAAGAAAGUAAAUGUUAGAAUUAUAAAUAAAAAUGAGUGAAUUAGCAUUAGUUGUUUUACAAUGCUUAUGUGUCAAUUAGUAUGAGUCAAAGACAAAAGGGGUAUAUAUAUAGCAAAAAUAAAGCUAAACUUAACUAAAAUAAAUAAACUGGCAUAUUUAGAAGAAAAAUCAUGUGAUGACAUUUUCAAAGAUUAUAUUUAAGGAUCAUAUAUAGUGUGUAUCCCCAAAAUGCUCAUUAAUUGUCAUUUUAAAUCUUUAUAUUUGCUAUCCUUCAAACCACUAGGUUUUACCCAGUUGUUAGCAAUAACUUUUUAAUCAUUUAAUUUAUAAUAAAAUAUCUUUUUCUUUUACAUAUUUUAAUAAGUAGGUCAGAAUAACUAGGCCUAUUGUGUCAUUUUCAGAAGUUAUUUGUAAAAUUAAAAUAGACACUUGCAUUUGAAUGUUUCUCGAUUUUGGCAGAUCAGC